CUUUUUUUUUUUUUGUUAUUGCAAGUUAUUCUUACGCAAGAAAUAAUUCUAUUUUUACUUAUUUGAGAUUUACAACCAGAAAAGCUUGCUUACAGCAUAAUAACAUCUCUUUGAUAGAAAAAUAUAUCUUAAACUUGUGAAACAUGCAUGUUUUCGUUAAAGACUGAAUGUUAUUUUCUGUUUUUUUGGUAAGGUGUUUAGCAGUGUAAUAGGAUAUACAUGGAUACAUGAAAUAACGUCAUCCAAUGUAUUUUUUUAAAGGUCCUGACCAGUGUUGCUUAUAGCGUGCCAAGCCAAAAACCAGACAGCCCAAAUCAGGACAGGUGAGAUAGGAGCGAAAGAAUAGCGGAACUACUUUUCAGUUGCAAUUGGCGUUAGCCGGACAGAAAUGUGGUACGUUCCGUGACUUUGGUAUUACCAAAACGAGACUACGGCUAUUUCUUAGCGUAGCCGCAGCUAGUAAGUCGUACGCUGCGUGCUUUGAGUAGCCCGUCUCCAAGCCGUUGUCUGUUACGGGAUUGGAACUGGGAGCGGUUGGUUGAGAGGAGGCUUUGCAAGAAGCGUGUAGGACGGGCUGGAAAACUGGUCUCGAGAUGGCGAGCAGAAGGAUCACUCAAGAGACGUUCGAUGCCGUGGUGCAGGAAAACAUGUCCGAGUUUGAAAUGGAGCCAGACGAGGCGCUGAAGGAGGCGAUUGAGCAGUUUGAGUCACAAGGGGUGAGCCUUAGUAAUAUAGUGAAGGCAGUCCGGACAGCCCCUUCAGAUGAGAGGAAGGAGGAGCAAACUCAUGGUAUUUUACAGGCCCUAGAGUCUCUACAGGCAUCGUUAGACUCCUCGUCCCUGGAUGUGAUGGGGGAACAGCUAGCGCACUUCACGGAGCAGUGCAAGCUAGACUUCUCGCACCGCUACCUGGCGGCCCAGAAAGGUGCCUACCCCACGAUCCUCUCGUGCUGCCGGAGGAUGGUGGGGGAGCGGGGGCUCCUGCUGAAGGCUCUGGCAGCGCUGGCAGCCCUGACCGACGGGCAGCCGGACCUCCUGGACGCUGAUGGGAGGGGGCUGCUGAUCGAGACGCUCCGCGAGCACCGGACCGACCCCUCCGUGACCUCGCUGGCAAUUCGCGCGGCGCGCCACUGCUGUCUGAAGCACGAGCAGAACCGGCAGGGCCUGGUGAAGGCCGGGCUGCUGCCACUGCUGACCGGCGCCAUCGCCAGCCACAGUGCCGAGCCCGAGCUGGUCAAGUUGGCCUGCAGCACGCUCAGGGUUAUGACCUUCGACGAUGACAUCAGAGUGGCCUUCGGACAAGCCCACGACCACGCCAAGCUGAUCGUGCUGGAGAACGACGGCCUGAAGGUCAUCAUCGAAGCAGCAAAAGCUCACACAGGCAAUAACAGUGUCCUCAGCGAGCUGUGUGGCACGCUGUCCCGGCUGGCUGUGCGAAACGAGUUCUGCCAGGACAUAGUCGACCUCGGAGGGUUGAAAUUCAUGGUCAACCUCCUCGCGGACAAUCUUGACCAUCAGGAACUUGUGAAGCAGGUAAUGAGCGCCAUCCGAGCCAUCGCAGGAAAUGAUGACGUCAAAGACGCCAUCGUCCAGGCAGGAGGGACCGACCUGAUCGUGUUAGCAAUGAACAGACACAUGGGCAACGCACAGGUUUGUGAGCAGGGGUGUGCAGCCCUGUGCAUGCUCGCUCUGCGUAAACCGGAGAACUGCAAGGCGAUCAUGGAGAAUGGGGGCGCGCUGGCAGCACUGCAGGCAAUGAAGGCCCACCCAGGGGAGGUCAAUGUGCAGAAGCAGGCGUGCAUGGUGCUGCGGAACUUGGUGUCUCGGACCAGUGACUACAGCCCGACCAUCCUGGAGCUGGGUGCAGAGGCGCUGAUCAGCCAGGCCCUCGUGGCUCACCGGGACUGCGGGGACGUGGCCAAGGCAGCUCUGAGAGACCUGGGCUGCAAGGUGGAGCUGCGGGAGCUGUGGACAGGCAAGAAGGGCAGCCUGUCCCAAUGAGCCAGCCAACCAGCCCGUCGCUUUACUGGGAAAUGCACAAAUACAGUGGAAGGCCUUUUAAAAAAUGUUUUGCCGUUCUCGCUCCUUGAGGCAGGUUUGUACUUUAGUCUUGCGACAGUCAUGCCUGGUGACCAGCUAGAGCUGAGCAAAGUAAUACUUGUAUCUCGGACAGUUGCACAACUAGAGAUCUGAAAUCCUUCCUCCGUGACGGUCGCAGAGUUGAAGUACGAACCAUACUUUACUGCCCCAGCAUCUUGUGUGUGUUCUGCGUAUUGCAGCGUUUCCCGGACUGUUUCGAUAUAUGUCAACAGAAUGAGAAAAUGAGGUGACGCUGCGUUGCAGUAAUACCUAGAUGUCGGGACAUGGCACAAGUGGAACAAUGUUAAUAUUGUGAAAGAAGAAACGCAGAGUCUGACAGGAGCGGAAGCGUUUUUAAUAGAUUUAAGAUUUUUUUGUUUCUGUGCAAGUUCGGUUUUGGUUCCCAAGGCCGUAUUCCCAAAGCUUUUAACCUUUUAAGGUACAAGGGACGUGUGUCCCACAAAUAAAAAUGAUGGUAACUUUCUUAUUUUUGCAGUGAGACGCACGAACAGGGUUUAAAAUAUACUGACGGGUUGGAUCCGCUCAUCCAAAUUUCUUUCCACCUCGUGAUUCUUGAGUCGCUGUCAAAUAUAUUUUAAGAAGAAACCGUUUGAACAGCUGCUCAAUUCCUUGUGUACCUAAGGGGGUUAUAGAAUGUUUUUUUUGUUUUUUUCCCUCACAAUUACUGUUUUUUACUAAAUGGCUAUUGUUAGUUUCUUUGAUCACAGCCCUAAUUCAUAAAAGCACUCUUUAAAUAACUCUUUAGGCUUUGUGAGUAGGGCCUAAUACAGUAAAUGUAUAAUACUGGUUUCCCUCCAAACUGAGAUGCCCCUCCUUCUGUAGUUUCUCCUUCUCCACAACCUGAACUAUAUACUUUGCUUUCGCUCAGUACAGGUGAUGGGAGCAAGUCUGUGUACCCCAAACUCUUAGUGCUUUCAAGCUUUUCCUUGUUGUAUGCCCUUGCUUUUGAAUGUGCAUUAGGACCUCUCUUGCUGUUUUCACUAGACGUUCAAGUGUCAUAUUCCUCGACACUCUGUGAUGUAUUUUGACUGGACUGCCAUCAUGCUUAUAUUCCAUGCAUGCUGAUACCCACGAUGGGACUUGUAGAGCUGGUCGUGAUGCCUGUACUUUUAACACACAGGUUGUAUUAAUCACUAAGGUUUGAGCUACAUUGGUGAAUUACUGAGGCAUGUGAAACUGAUGUGCUUGUAAUUGUGUUGUAAAUAUUGAAUGCUGUUGAGAAACCCUGUUGCUUGUAUGGAUUUAGUGUGUGUGUGUGUGUGUAAGUGCGGUGGUUCUCAACGAACCUGUUGUGUGUUCUGUGUUGAUUCAGUGCUCUGUGUUGGUUUUCUAUCUCUACCCUUGCACCUUCAGAUUACAACCGGGAAGGGAAAUAAUGCCGUGGAGUAGGACUUGCAUGUUAUUAUUAUUAUUAUUAUUAUUAUUAUUAUUAUAUAUUAUUAUUAUUUAUUUAAUUUUUUUCACAGAAUAAAAAAACAGAUUGAAGCUAAGGCUCCAUGUUUCCUGUUUCUGGAAACACGGCUUUGUGUCGCUGGUGAGCAUUUAAUGUUCCGGUAUCUUUUGUUAUUUAUUCAAAAAUGGUAAGGCAGGUCAGAGUUUGAGAUUGUAAACUAGUACAUGAUUGUGUUUUCAUUAUACAGUACGAUGUUCUAUUCCUUAAGUUCCUGGGUGUGAGUGCUGACAGAGUCCCGUUGGAACGUGUUUAUUGAACAGUAAGCUGCACUGGCUUCUCUUGUCUUCAGCAGUAGGUGUGACAGUUGUGUUGUGCUGAACAAUAUAAUGCUUUUUACUAUUAAGUGUAUUGCCGCGAACUGCUGAUGCACACCUUUUUCAAUUAAAUAAUGAUUUUGUUAACACCCUGUUACAGGUAUACAUGUAGUUCUGUAUUAAGAAAAAUCUUCAUUUGUAAGAACUUGAGUUAAUAAAUGCCUUACUGCUGUG